UACAAAGAUCGAGACUCACACCUUCCCAUCACGAUGGAUUUCCAGAACCACAAAGAUAUAAACAUAUUCAUCACAUUCAAUCAUCAACUUCACCUUCCAAACCACAACCUCUAUCUACAAAUUCUGUUACAUAAUACAACAAAUCACAAAGAGAAGAAUCAAAACCGCAAAACUGAAGAAGAGAAAGAGAGAAGACGAAAUGGGUGUAGACUACUACAAAAUCUUGCAGGUUGAUAAGAACGCCAAAGACGAAGAAUUGAAAAAGGCUUACAGAAAACUUGCCAUGAAAUGGCACCCUGAUAAAAACCCAACCAACAAGAAAGAUGCAGAAGCUAAAUUCAAGCAAAUUUCUGAAGCUUAUGAGGUACUUAGUGAUCCUGAGAAGAGAGCAAUCUAUGAUCAAUAUGGGGAAGAGGGUUUAAAGGGUCAAGUUCCUCCUUCUGAUGCUGGUAGUGGUGGUGGAACUAGUUUCUAUUCCACUGGAGAUAUUCCUGGAUCGUUUCGGUUUAAUCCGAGGAAUGCAGAUGAUAUUUUUGCUGAGUUUUUUGGAUUUUCAAGCCCAUUUGGUGGCAUGGGUGGAAGAAGUGGGGGUGGAGGUGGGAUGAGAUCUAGGUUCCCUGGUGGAAUGUUUGGUGAUGAUAUGUUUGGAUCAUUUGGGGAAGGAGGAGGAAUGCAUAUGAAUCAAGGGGUCUCGCGAAAAGCUCCUGCCAUUGAGAACAAGUUGAGUUGCACUCUUGAGGAGAUUUAUAAAGGAACUACAAAGAAGAUGAAGAUCUCUAGAGAAAUUGCUGAUGCCAGUGGCAAAACCAUGCCAGUGGAAGAGAUAUUGACCAUAACUGUGAAGCCAGGUUGGAAGAAAGGCACAAAGAUCACCUUCCCAGAGAAGGGCAACGAACAGCCGAAUGUAACCGCUGCAGAUCUUGUAUUUGUGAUUGACGAAAGGCCACACAGCGUGUUCGCUCGCGAAGGAAACGACCUGAUUGUGACUCAGAAGAUAUCUCUUGUGGAGGCCUUAACUGGUUAUACAGUGCACCUCACUACAUUGGAUGGUAGAAACUUGAGCAUACCAAUCAACAAUGUUAUUCAUCCUAACUAUGAGGAGGUUGUUCCAAAAGAAGGAAUGCCACUACCUAAGGAUCCCUCGAAGAAGGGCAAUUUGAGGAUAAAGUUUAACAUCAAGUUCCCUAAUAGGCUCACUGAUGAACAGAAAGCAGGAGUUAGGAAACUCUUGGGUGCCUCACUCUGAAAUUGAUCAUGUAUGGAUUGAGAAUAGUGUACGGUGCUUCUGAAAAUAUUAGAUUUUACCAAUAAACCUGAAUGUUUUUGUAUGGAUUGGAUUUAGUGAACAAAUUUAAAGAGUUUGAUAAAAUAAAAUUGAAUGGUUUCUACUUGAA